AUGGCUUUCGCCAGCCUCCUGGAGCACGUGGGGGGCAUGGGACGCUUCCAGGUGGUCUCGGUUCUCCUCUUGGCUUUGCCCGUCCUCAUGAUGGCCAGUCACAACCUUCUGCAGAACUUCACGGCCGCCAUCAGUGAUCAUCACUGCCGGCUUCGGUGGGAGGCCAACGCCACCGGCCUCGACCCCCAGGACCUGCUGAGGGUCUCGGUUCCCCACGGGGAGCGGUGCCGGCGUUUUGUGACACCGCAGUGGUGGCUCUUGGAGGCCAACGGCUCGGCUCCCAACAGCAGUUGGCCGGAGACAGAGCCCUGCCGCGACGGUUGGACCUACGACCGCAGCGUCUUCACCAGCACCAUCAUCACUGAGUGGGACCUGGUGUGCAGCGCCCGGGGGCUGAAGCAGUUGGCCCAGUCGCUCUACAUGGCCGGCAUCUUGGUGGGCGGCAUCAUCUUCGGGGGGCUCUCAGACAGGUUUGGCCGCCGGUCGCUGCUCACCUGGUGCUACCUUCAGAUGGGUGCCAUGGGGACGUGUUCCUCCUUCGCCCCCACCUUCACCGUCUACUGCCUCUUCCGCUUCCUGACGGGCAUGGCCUUCUCCGGCAUCAUCCUCAACAGCGUCUCCCUCUCUUUGGAGUGGAUGCCCACGCGCACCCGGGCGGUGGUGGGGACCUUCAUGGGUUACUGCUACACCACGGGGCAGUUCCUGCUGGCCGGGAUCGCCUACGCCAUCCCCGACUGGCGCUGGCUGCAGCUCACCGUCUCGCUGCCCUUCUUCUGCUUCUUCCUCUACUCCUGGUGGUUCACAGAGUCAGCUCGCUGGCUGGUCAUGGUGGGGAAGUCCCACCAAGCCCUGAAGGAGCUCCAGAAGGUGGCCAGGAUAAAUGGGAAGAAAGAGGAAGGGGACAAGCUUGACAUCGAAGCCUUGAGGUCCUACAUGCAGAACGAGAUGGCUUCAUCAAGGAGUCGCCACACGGUGAUCGACCUGGUCCGGACACCUGUCGUGCGCCGCAUCUCUUGUUGCCUCUGCUUCGUGUGGUUCUCCACCAGCUUCGCCUACUAUGGGCUGGCCAUGGACCUGCAACACUUUGACUUCAACAUCUACGUGAUCCAGCUGGUCUUUGGGGCCGUGGACAUCCCGGCCAAGCUGAUCUCCAUCCUCACCAUCACCUUCGUGGGCCGGCGCUUCACCCAGUGCGUUGCCCUCUUCCUGGCCGGCUUGGCCAUCUUGGCCAACAUCUUGGUGCCACGAGACCUGCGGACGGUCCGGACCGUCCUGGCCGUCUUCGGGAAGGGUUGCUUGGCCGCGUCCUUCAACUGCGUCUUCCUCUACACGGGUGAGCUCUACCCCACCGUUAUCCGGCAGACGGGCUUGGGUUUGGCCAACACCAUGGCCCGUCUGGGCAGCAUCACGGCCCCCUUGGUGAAGAUGGCGGGCGAGGUCUUCCCCGCGUUGCCCUUCAUCAUCUACGGGGCAGCCCCCGUGGUGUCAGGGCUGGCGGCCAUCUUCCUGCCAGAGACACGGAACCUGGCACUGCCCGAGACCGUGGAGGAGGUGGAGGGCAGGUGGGAACGGAGGGACCUGACCUGGGCCCGCCCCACUUCCAUCCCUCGUUCCACCAUGACGUUCGUGGAGCUGCUGACCCUCCUGGGUGGGAUGGGCCGCUUCCAGGUGACCUACGUGGUCGCCCUGGCCAUUCCGCUGCUGAUGCUGGCCAGCCACAACCUGCUGCAGAACUUCACCGCCGGGAUCCCCGAGCACCACUGCCGGCCUCGGCCGGUGGCCAACGUCAGCACCGGGGACGUCCCGCUCCAUGUCUCCGUCCCCUCCGACGGUCACCGGCGUCCCCAGCGCUGUCGCCGUUUCGUGGAACCCCAGUGGCACCUCUUGGAGGUCAACGGCACGGUCAACGCCACGGACCUGGUGUGUGAGUCCAAGAAGUUGAGGCAGGCGGCCCAGUCCAUCUACAUGGCCGGGAUCCUCCUGGGCUCCGGCUUCUUCGGGGUCCUCUCCGACAAGUUCUCCACCAGCUUCGCCUACUACGGGCUGGCCAUGGAUCUGCAGGGCUUCGGGGUGGACAUCUACCUGAGCCAGCUGGUCUUUGGGGCGGUGGACAUCCCGGCAAAGCUGGCCUCGGUGGUGGGGGCCAUCAGCUGCGUGGGGCGGCGGGUGGCCCAGGCGGGCUCCUUGGCGCUCGCCGGCAUCUGCAUCCUCGCCAACAUCGCUGUGCCGACGGAGCUGCAGGCGCUGCGCAUGGCUUUUGCGGUGAUCGGGAAGGGCUCGUUGGCCGCCUCCUUCAACUGUGCCUACAUCUUCACCGGAGAGCUCUUCCCCACCAUCAUCAGGCAGACGGGAAUGGGCCUGGGGGGCACCAUGGCCCGGGUGGGUGGCAUGGUGGCCCCGCUGGUUCGCAUGGCAGCCGACGUGACCCCCAUGCUUCCCCUCGUCAUCUACGGGGCUGCCCCCAUCAUCUCGGCCAUCGCCACCUGCUUCCUGCCCGAGACCCGCAACGUGCCCCUGCCUGAGACCGUCAACGACGUUGAGAGACGGUGA